AGCACCGGCAACUCGAUUUUUCACCAGCUGCCUCACUGUUCACAUCUCUCUGGUUUUGGAGGGGGAUGUGACGCAGACUUCCCCUUCACCAGAGAAGGAAAACUGACUUUGCUCCCUUUUAAACUGUGUUAGAAAAUUUCUUUGGAAGCUGUUUAUUUGGAAAACAUUUCUUACGAAACGACUAAUGCAAAAAUGCAGCGUGUGUGUGUUCUUGUUAACCUGCGUUGCUUCUGGUUUUGUGUUCAUUUUUUUUGCAAAACUUGGCGGCUUUUUUUUUUUCUUCUGAGACCUGUAGACAUGCUGCUUUCACAGUGAUGAGAUUAAACUGUACUGGUGUGAACUAAGUGUAGGUAAUGUGUAUGGAUUAAGAAUAGAUGAUGUGUACUAGUCCUGAUGUGGUUUAAGAGUGACCGUUUCCCUGCAGCCUUAAAAUUUCGCGGGUUGGGGAGAAGCAGUUGCUCUGGUUUGAUCUACCUCAUGUCCACAAAAACACUUGCUGGGGUUGGAGUGAGCAAAGGGAGAUGCUUUUUGUUUCAGAAGCUAUGAGCUGGUGCUAGCUAAUUGAGAAUGUUUGCUAAGCUGUGACACCAUUUCUGCAAAAGCACUGGAUGGACAGCUGUCACUUCUAUAGAGUCCUGUAGGCUGCCUGGCUGCCAAAUAAUGUUUAUUCCCAUGGAGGCCGCUUGCACAUGAUAGAAAACAAGUGUAAGCAAUUUAGUAAUCAAACCAAGUAGGACUACGCAGAUAAUGUCUUCAUGUAUUUUCUUCGCUCUUAAAAGUCUCCUGCAAAAAGGUUUUUCUCUGCUCCUGUUUCAAGUUUGAAAUGAAUGUAUUUCUCGUUGAAUUUUGAGUUGCUCUGAGUAGAAAGGGAGGAGGAGUUUGAAUGCAAGUAGAUUUAUGAAUGUGAUGCCUUAAAGCUUAAGGAAUCGGGGAGCUGUUGAAUUGGUGAUUAGCUCUUUGUAAGUCAGAAUUAGUCUGAGACUCUCAAAGCUUAUACUCAAUAUUUUUUCCACCUUUAACAUAAGAUCUUUAUUGCUAACGUGGUUAAAAGUUGGAGAAGAUAGAAGGAAGAGUGCAAAAUGCACAGUGUGCUAUUCGUUCUUUUGAGCUGGAAGAUUGAAUGUUUGUGCGUAAUCCAAGAGAAACAGUCUACCAACAGUUGCCACGUUUUCAUCUAUUGGUAAACAUCAGCUGCUGGUUGGUCUUAAGGGAGGAAGACUGAAUUAGUUCCAGAUGAAGAACUCUUUCAGCCCAUUUAAGACUUUCCAGUUGAUUUAAGACAGCAGGCAGAAAAAAUGGAAUAGAGCACAUGAAGAAGCAUGUGAAGCUUAUUUUUUAUGCAAGAUGUUCUUUGGAGGACCAAGUACACUUUUUCAGGCCAUGGGAGAUGAAAGACUGAUCACAUGAUAUUUUUGUCUCGUUGGACUGCUGUGCUGUGCUAAGUCAAUGUUGGUUUGUAUUAAGGACAAAUAUUAAUAACUUAGUGGCAGCAUGUCGACUGUGACAAGCGCUCAGACACCGGAGGAACCUAAUCCUCUCCCUCCUGAAGAAAAGCCGAAGGGAAAAUCACUAUUUCAUUUGGGUUCACUCUUUGCUAACAGAAGUGAAAAAUUUAUAAUUGCUAGGAGUGAUAGUGUGCCGGAGGAGAACGUGCUGAAAAUAACUAUCACGGAGACCACAGUCAUUGAGUCGGACUUGGGCAUCUGGAAUUCUCAUGCUCUCAUCUACCUCACUUUGUGGUUUUUUUUCAGCUUUUGCACUCUUUUUCUUAACAAAUACAUUCUUUCGUUGCUGGAAGGAGAGCCCAGCAUGCUAGGUGCUGUUCAAAUGCUUUCAACCACCUUCAUUGGCUGUAUAAAAAUGUUUGUUCCAUGCUGCUUGUAUCAACACAAAACACGCAUCUCUUAUCCACCCAAUUUCAUCAUGAUAAUGCUGUUUGUUGGAUUAAUGAGAUUUGCAACCGUAGUCUUGGGUCUUGUCAGCUUGAAAAACGUGGCAGUUUCAUUUGCAGAAACUGUUAAAAGCUCGGCACCGAUUUUUACUGUUAUCAUGUCUCGGAUGAUAUUAGGGGAAUACACUGGACUGCUGGUUAAUCUCUCUCUCAUUCCUGUUAUGGGUGGGCUAGCUCUGUGUACAGCUACCGAAAUCAGUUUCAACAUUCUAGGUUUCUCAGCAGCUUUAUCAACUAAUAUCAUGGACUGUCUGCAAAAUGUCUUUUCAAAAAAACUACUCAGUGGAGAUAAAUACAGAUUUUCAGCCCCGGAGCUUCAGUUCUACACAAGUGCUGCUGCAGUGGUUAUGCUUAUUCCAGCUUGGAUAUUUUUCAUGGAUGUCCCUGUGAUUGGGAAGAGUGGGAGGAGCUUCAGCUACAACCAAGACGUUGUCAUACUACUUUUAAUAGAUGGAGUUUUGUUCCACCUACAAAGUGUUACAGCCUAUGCCUUGAUGGGAAAAAUUUCUCCUGUGACUUUCAGUGUUGCUAGUACUGUGAAGCAUGCCCUGUCAAUCUGGCUGAGUAUUAUUGUGUUUGGUAACAAAAUCACAAGCCUCUCAGCCAUUGGGACUGUUCUAGUGACAAUUGGAGUUCUACUAUAUAACAAGGCAAAGCAGCAUCAGCAAGAGACGAUACACAGCCUGGCAGCUGCAGCUCCGCAAUCCGCACAAAGUACAGCUGAAGAUACCGAGCCACUAAUUUCCAAGGAUUUGGAACCGUAUGAUUAAUAUGGCCGUUUAUUCUUCCCACCUAGUGUAACUCAAAGAAGGUCUUCCUGAAAGCGGUUGUUUCGUCAGCUGUUGAUGCUGAUUUGGUUCCUUUGAGUUCAUGGCAGGUCAAGCCUGGGACUUGAAGCAGAGAGAAAACGAUGGGAAGAAUCCAGUAAGCCUUGAUGUACUGAGAAACUGAGGACUUGGUGUCUUAGAAUGUGGUAAAUGUGGGCUUUAUUGUCCUUCCUUGACUGCAAAUAAUGUACAAGCCUGUAUUAGAGACAGAACUUCAGUGUCUUGUGGGAAAAAUGAUUCCUUUCUCCCUACCCAUCAAAACAAUGUGAAAACGCGGACCCAUCACUAUAUUCUGCUUGCUUGCAGUGGACUGACAUUGGUGCGUAACUGAAAUGCCGAGUUGUUUGUUACUCUGUGCUGCCUGCAUCCUGCAUCGUUUGUGUGCGUCAUAGAGCUGGAAGAAGGAACCCCCUUCUCUCCCAACAAGUGACUUAGUCUGGUGUAUGUUUAGUUGAAUCGAACUAUGGAAAUGGGUCCAUGCCCCAAAGCAGCAAUGAGCAGCUAUUUCUGACAACAAAGCUAGGAAUGAAAAGUGGUUUUUCUACUGAAAUUUAACAUGGGAAUAUUGCAUCCUGAUUGUGUAUUAUUGGCAAUAUAAAAAUGCAAGUAUACACGCAUAUACAUACGCUGUAUAAAUGGAGUGUGGCAUUAAAUACCUGCAGUUGCUUAGAGGUAAAAAAACACUGAAAAAUUUUGGUGAUAAAGGAAGCAGGAUCUCUAUUUCUAUAAGAAACCAUUUUAAUUUCUCGCAUUUUGUUAUGUAUUUCUGUUAUGAGGAAAUAAAUCGAUUUUGGGGGUAUUA